AUGCAGGCUCGGAUGCCAAAAGAAUGGCCCGGAGACACAAAAUACCUGCGUGCGCCUUCCUACUCAACGAAGCUCAUCCAGGACAAGCUGAAUACGCUUCUCCUAUCGAAAGCAGGCUUAUCAUCAAGGGAGCCAGUCUUGAUCACGAGGGGCCCCUAUGCAAACGUGAAGAUCGCACGCGUAUCGAAUGCUUCCCAUCCCGCGCAAGGUCAGUACGGGCUGUAUGCGGCUGGACAUCUUCCACCAGAAUCUUUCAUACUUCCUUACUUGGGCUUUGUUCACGAUCAGACUGAAUCAGAUGAGACGUCUGACUAUGACCUUUCGCUGGAUCCCGACCUAGGUAUAGGAGUUGAUGCAUCAAAGAUGGGCAACGAAGCAAGGUUUAUCAACGACUAUCGAGGCAUAUCUAUGAGACCAAACGCCGAAUUCCGCGAUAUUCUGGUAGAUGUCGGGUUUGGAAUCGUGGAGAAGAGGAUGGGAGUCUUCGUGCUCAGCGCCGGCAAGAGUGGAAAGAGAGCAAAGGGGAUUGGAAAAAACGAAGAGAUUCUUGUUUCUUACGGCAAAGGGUUUUGGACGGAACGCAAGUCGGUGACAGCAUAG